AUGGAGACCUCAUCAUUGCUAUCCUCGUUGAAUGAUGAACACAAAUCUGACAAUUACAUUGAGCCUCACUACAAGGAAUGGUAUCGAGUAGCUAUUGAUACACUAAUCGAACAUGGCUUAGAAGCAUAUCAAGAAUUCCUUGCCAAGGAAGGAGUUUCAGAUUUUCUAGCUGAGAAAGAAAAAAAAUACAUUUCGAAAAAUAUCCAGAAAGCUCCACAAAGUACAGCACAUGGCACUGAGAAUUCCUGCGAUGAUGCCUCAUCUUCAGGGACUUACUGGCCCAUUGAAUCUGAUGUGGAAGCGCCAAAUCUCGACUUAGGCUGGCCGUACGUAUUGCCUGGAAUGUUAGGAAGUACUCAGGUAGAACUUCUAUUUCAUCCUCCAAGAGCACAACUACUUACAAUAAAAGAAACUAUUCGGAAGAUGAUAAAAGAAGCAAGGAAGGUCAUUGCGUUGGCGAUGGAUAUAUUUACAGAUAUAGACAUUUUCAAAGAACUGGUGGAAUCAUCACUUCGUGGCAUAUCUGUAUACAUUCUGCUUGACGAAUACAACUUCAGUCAUUUCUUAGCUAUGACAGAGAAACAGGGUUGUCAGAUUCAGCGGCUCAGGAAUAUUCGAGUACGGACAGUAAAAGGCCAAGAUUAUCUUUCAAAAACAGGAUCAAAAUUUCAUGGAAAAAUGGAACGGAAAUUUUUGCUAAUUGAUUGUCAGAAAGUUAUGUAUGGUUCCUACAGCUAUAUGUGGUCAUUUGAAAAAGUCCACCUGAGCAUGGUUCAGAUAAUCUCAGGAAAACUUGUCGAAUCCUUUGACGAAGAGUUUAGAACUCUCUACGCCAGGUCCUGCAUUCCCAGCUCAUUCGUUCAAGAAGAAUCAGUGAGGGUGAAGCGUGGCAAAGCGGUCUGGGAGAAUGGCAAUUACCAGCGAUCAGUUUCUUCACUUGCUUCUGUGUCCAGCCAAAGAAACCAUUUCAGUAGACAAGAUCCCAUUCACAAACUUGAUGGUAGCUACUUCCAAAACAGAGGCAUGUUUACCCGAAAUGAACACGACAAAUAUGGCAUAAGAAACCAUGGCUAUAAACCACAUUUUGUUCCAAACUUGAAUGGUCCAAAUGCUGUCCGUCAGUAUCAACCCAGUCAGCUUAGUGAAAACUGGAAGAGGCACAGCUAUGCCGGGGAACUGUCAGAAACGGCUCCUUACCUGAUGCUGAACAGAGCGAUGAAUCGAAACAUGAAUCCUGCCAAUAACUGGAGAAGGUCCACCGAGAGCCUCAGCGUGGCGUCCUCCUCCAGGGGAGGCUGCAUCAACCAGCAGAACAUUCCUUCCCAGAGCUUUGCCGAUCGGCUUGCACAGAGGAAAACACCAAAUCUUGGAGAAAGGAAUUCAAACAUGCGGAGGUCUUUUCACGGGACAGAUAACCAUGUCCGUCUUCUGCAACAGCGAAUGCCAACCCUUGAACAUACCACUAAAUCGUUCCUGCGUAACUGGAGAAUUGAAUCCUACUUAAAUGAUCAGUCAGAGUUACCAGCUGAGUCCAAUGGCUCUGCUCUGGGAGACCGGCUGGAGGGCUAUGAUUGUCCUGAGAACCUGAAAGCUAGCGCCCUUUAUAACCAUUCCCGGCUGCGUUCCUCUUUUAUGUUUAAACCAACUUUACCUGAGCAGCAGGAAGUUAACAGUUGUACAACUGGAUCCUCAAGUUCAACCUUCAUUGGUUCCCAGGGAAGUGACACACGGAAAGAGGUCCCAGAUACCAUGACAGCUGUACCUUUGACAGACAAACCCGUGCAAGAAUCAGUCCCCAAGCCUCCGGUGCAGUCAGAGGCACCCAAAUCUCACACUCUGCAGGUUCCUGAAAACCACUCGACAGUCUCAAACCAAACUACAAAUGGCCAGACAGAGGCAAACCACUACAUAUACACUACCUUGUGUGGGAAUAAAGAGUCAGGAAACCCAAGCGUUCAGCACAAUGAGAAUCUGCUCAAGAGGAGAAGUUUCCCAUUCUUUGAACAUGCAAAAGGCAGUUUUGAUCACGGAAAUAAUAAGCAUCAUGUGUAUAGUACCCUUACCCGGAAUCGGAUUCGACAGCCGGAAAAACCCAAGGAGGAUGUUCUGAAGGGCUCUAAGAGUAUGCACAACGUGGCCCAGGACACGGGGGAGGAGGAGCUGGCCAUUGGGAGGGAGCCCCCAAGCGUCGCUGCCGUCAAGUCCAUCUCCAUGGCUGCUCUGCUUGACGUGAAUAAAGAGGAACCCAAAGACGUUACACCCAAGAAAGAAGGAAAGGGUUCUCCAAGUUUCUUGAAAAAGGGAUCUCAGAAGUUAAGAUCAUUUCUCAGUCUUUCUCCAGAUAAGAAAGACAAUCUGUCAAAAAGUAAAGGAUCUGCUUUUUACAAAAUGUGCAGUAGUUCUGACACUUUAGUUUCUGAGGCCGAAGAUAAUCAGAAACUGAAAAAGUCCGAACCCAAAGUCGAUUCAUCUCCAAGAAGAAAGCGUACUUCCUCAUCGAACUCCCAAGGCAGCGUCCACAGGAGUAAGGAGGAUGUCGUGGUAAAUGCCUCUCCAGGGAUGAGCUCUCCAUCGGAGGAGUGCAGUAAAAUCAUACCCCCUCCAGGCCCCGUUGAACACAAGUUCUUGGAAAGGGCAGGAGAUGCCAGUGCCCCAAGAUUCAACACGGAACAGAUUCAAUACCAGGAUUCGAAGGAGACCAGUACAGCCGUGGCUCCUCACAGAAAACCAACUGCUCCCAGAACGAAGCCUAACGAGAUCCUCAGGACUCAUUCCAUUGACCGGCGUGUUUAUAGUCGCUUUGAGCCAUUUUGUAAGAUUGAGAGCUCACUUCAACCAACAGGCAGUAUGGCAAACAGUGGUAUGCACCGCCCAGACAUGAAAUCCACAACUAUGGGCAACAGCUAUGGGAGAUCCAGUCCGCUGCUAAAUUACAACACUGGUGUUUAUCACUCAUACCAGCCAAGUGCAGGUAAAUUUCGUGGAUUUGUGCAGAAGUUUGAGAACUUCCUACACAAAAAUAAGUGA